AUGGAGACCGAGAUCCACUCUGCGAUCUCAGCCGAUCCCGAUCCCGAUCCAAAUCCAAAUCCAAAUCCAAAUCCAAAUCGGGGAGGCCCAAAUCAGAUUCAGCCCGGCCCGUUCAAAUGCAAUGUCUGCCAACGGACCUAUGCACGCAUAGAUCACCUUUCGCGUCACUUCCGCUCACAUACCUCUGAGAAGCCGUAUCGAUGUGAGGUUUGUUUCAAGACUUUUAGCAGAUCUGAUCUAUUGAAGAGGCAUGCACUAGCCCAUCCUAGUAACCGUCGACACCGCAAAAGUCACUCACCUUGCCCACGUCGCGUCUCACAAGCUUGUAAGGCGUGCGCAGCUGCAAAGCUGAAAUGUAAAGAAGAGAAACCAUGCCAAAGAUGUGAAGCCAAGGGCAUCACUUGCGAGUACAAUGAGAUAGACGCGAGAACUGCCGGAUCCUGGCAAUCCCAACCACCAAGCUGCACACAGAAUGCUAGCCACCGGGAGGUCGAUAGCUCUUUGUCUGAGGAUACAUUGGCCCCGACCAGUAAUCGAGGUCGUGGCGAAUCCGCUCUGAAGAAUGGUCAUCAUGUCCCAAAUCCGCCUCAGAGUCAAGUUGGAGAUGGCACUAAUACACCCAUGUUUUCGCCAAUAAUGGACAAUCCAUCGGCUGAACUGAUAGAGUGUGACGAGAAUAUGUUCGCCGAUUUCCUACGAGAUGUCAUGAUGCCGACGCCUUCCGAGCAAUUCAACAGCCAACCACUACUGACUUAUGCCGUCGACACUCAAUCAAUGGCCUGCAGAGAUCUCUUAUCUUUUGGGCUAGAAUCCAACCUCGAGCUUAAUGAUCAGGAUUACAGCCUCAUGGACUUUUAUCAAAGCAAGGACCUCGACGAAUCCUACAAUAUGAAAGAAGUUACCGACAAUCCAUCUUCCAGGCAUGAACCACUCACGCCACAAUCCGACACGCCUAUUCAAAACAAUACGGAACGCCUUGCACUAGGUACGAAAGCUUUUCGCUCAUCCCUCUGGUGCUGGACGCCGGUCCGCGCAGACACUGGAUCAAUUGAGCAACACAAUAUUACCCUUCACCCUUCCGAGAUGAGCAGUCCCACCACGUACUUCUCAAAGGAUAUGCAUGUUAAUACUGAUAAUUUUGAUUCCACGGCUCGGGAUAAGAUUGUAGCUAUGGUGCUCAGUACAACACCGAGGCAAUCCUUUGAAAAGGUCAUGUCAGGUUUUCCCUCCGUGGAGCUACAGAAUAAUCUCCUUCAUUCCUUCCUCGCAUCCCAUAUGGCACAGCCUGAUACCUGGAUUCACUCCCCAACUUUAAGGAUUGGAAGGCAGAGACCAGAGUUAUUAGCGGGGAUUAUUUCAAGUGGUGCUGUCCUUUCAACUUCUGUCACUAUUCGCAAACUGGGGUUUGCAAUCCAUGAAGCCGUGAGGCAUUCCCUUCCAAAAGUUUGUGAGGAGAAUAACUCUGCGACGCGUGAUCUGGGCCUCCUACAAGCCAUAGCACUAAAUCUAGAUGUUGGGCUUUGGAGCGGUAAUAAGCGGAAGAUUGAACUAGCAGAAAGCCAUGCAGGCAUGGUUAUAACAAUGUGUCGACGAGCCAGUCGAUUUUUGCGGUCGUCUUACAGGGCUAUUGUUCCCUUGGAGAGCGAUGAUGGUGAAGUUUUGGAGAAUAAGUGGAGGAGUUGGGCCCAUCAAGAAUCUUUGAAGAGGCUCGUCUUCUUCCUCUUCACCCGCGAUGCACAAACCUCGAUUUCCUUGAUUGUUCCUACCUUAAUAUCUUACGCCGAGCUCUCCCUUCCUCUACCUGAACCCCGCAGCCUCUUCCUUGCCCGCACAGCUAACGAAUGGAAAUCAACCUACCUUUCUCAAACCUCCUCCAUCAACACAAACGAGCGCAUCCCGUCCUUGCAACAAUGCCUCCAUGAAAUUUCCCCCUUAACUAGUCCCUCUAUCCACGCACGUAUCGACACCGCCCUGUCUCUAUCCAUAAUAGCCUACGGAAUCUGGGGCCUGAUCCUCGAGUACCGCCAACUGAGCUCAGUCACAAAAGCAUACCCACCAUCACACCUCUCCUCUAGCCUCUUAGUGCUUGAACACCGACAUCAAGAACUUUGCCAACUAUUACAACUUUUCUCUAUCUCGUCGUCAGAACUUGGACUAGGUAGAGACGUUUUAUCAGGCACAGCUCUGCAAUCCAAAAUGCUGACCGAGCUCCUUCUCACCCAUCUGCAUGUGUCCUUCGAUAACUUGCAACUUUUUGCGGGCAGAGAAGGCGAAGAAGAAGCCCGACGUGUCUACCCUUCCCUCCAGCGAUGGGCUGCUAGCCGUGAAGCUCGGACGGCCGUUUUCCACGCAGGGCAGGUUGUGCGGUAUGCGAAGCUGCUGAGUCACAGAAGAAGUGAGAUCACUGGCAUGCAAGGAGGAGUGCGGGGUUUCUUCGCCGUCGCUGUCUACCACGCUUCGCUCACGUUCUGGGCAGUUGGAGUGUUGGGUAUAAGGCCAGGACACAAUCAUGAUUCGCAGCAACCAGAACUACCUACGGCUGAAGAUCGAAUUGGGGUAGAAGAGGGUGGUGGUAACAAUGGUGAAGAGCUGGUCUGGCUGGAUGUGGAAGAGAGCUCGGCUACAAAAUCAUUUAUUGCGCUAGGUCGUGGAGUGCCUUGUUUCUCGACAACGGGGACUCCAGGAGCCGAUGAUUCUACGCCAAAGGAAGUGGCGAAGUUAUGUGAGCCUGGAAUGGUCAUGAGUGCCAUGGUUAAGGUCUUGAGAGGUACGUCUGGUGACGAAGAUGAAGAUGCACCGCCGCCGCCGCUUGUGGAGAAUUUAAGUCAGUUGAUGAGAGAGUUGGGUGAUGCCGCGAGGGGUAUUGGAGUUAGGUGA